AAUAUCAUAUUCUCCAAAUUGUAUGCUAAUAUUCGCAGUUCCUCUGUCAUUUUACUCUCUCUCGCUCCGAGAAAAACCCUAGCUAGAUUUUGGAAUUUGGGUUUCCCUUUAGAUUGUUUGUCGAUUUUCCUAUUUUUGAUAAGACUCUAAGCCUUUACUUCUUUUUUGCCUGUGUUAAAUUUGGUUUUUUGGUUGGAUUUUGUGUUGUCCGAUUUGAAAUUUCGAUCUGUAAGCUUCAGAGCUAUGGACACUCGCAAGAGAGGCAGAGCUGAAUUCGGUGUCAAUGCUCAUGGCGGUUUUAAGAAAUCUAAGCCAGAAAUCGACUCCUUAUCAAGUGGUAUAGGCAGCAAAUCGAAGCCAUGCACGAAGUUUUUCAGCAUGGCUGGUUGUCCAUUUGGUGAGAAUUGCCACUUUCUUCACUAUUUUCCUGGUGGCUAUAAUGCUGUGGCCCAGAUGAUGAAUCUGACACCUGUAGUGCCGCCGCCAAUCCAGAAUGGUUCAACUCCAGCUACUGUUAAAACCAAACUAUGCAACAAAUACAGCAGGACAGAAGGUUGCAAAUACCAUGAUAAAUUCCACUUUGCUCAUGGGGAGUGGGAGCUUGGCAAACCUAUCAUACAAGCUCAGGAGGAUCCUCGUGCCAUUGGAGCUAUUCCUGGCUGCUUUGCUGCUCGAGCAGAGCCACCUGUACCAGGACCUGCAGGCAGUUUUGGUGCCUCAGCUACUGCCAAGAUCAGUGUGGAUGCUUCCCUAGCUGGUGCCAUCAUUGGGAAAGGCGGAGUGAAUUCCAAGCAGAUAAGCCGGCAAACGGGAGCCAAGCUAGCCAUCCGAGAGCACGAGACAGAUCCAAACCUUAGAAACAUUGAGCUCGAGGGUACAUUUGAACAAAUUAAGCAAGCAAGUACAAUGGUGAGAGAACUGAUUGUUAGUAUUGGCUCAGUUGGUGGCCCAGGGAAGGCCAUUGGACGCCCUGGAGGUCAUGCUGCCCCAGGGAAGGCCAUUGGAGGCCAUGGAGGUCAUGCUGCCCCAGGGAGCAACUUCAAGACCAAGCUUUGUGAGAACUUCUCCAAAGGGUCCUGCACAUUCGGAGAUAGGUGCCAUUUUGCCCACGGGGCAGCUGAGCUACGCAAAACAGGGAUUUAAGUGUCCACUUCUCGUAACAAUGUUGUGCCAUUUCAUGUGGUUUCUUUCCAGAGUUUUGGCUAUGCGAUUUAUGAUGUUUUGACAUUAAAACACUGAUGUAGCAGAUAAUGUCCACCUAUUGAAGAGCUAUUUAGACUAACUAGUUCAUUAUCGAUUGCAAUUAUGGUCUUUUGUAUGCAAGGAUGGGAUAUAUGGCUUGUAUUUCAAUUCAGGGGCCUUGGGUAUGUUGAUUGUUUUCUUUC